GCUACCAUCGAGCAUGACCAGCAAGAAAGUGCAAGAUGGCUCGGGCUCACAUCUACAUUUCGAGCAUAGUUCAUGGUACGCGCCCGUAGCCGCGCGGAACUAGGCUGAUGCCAGUUGAUGUCUGAAACCCGUCAUUGGUGCCGGCCCGUGAAACUCUCGCCACUGUUCCCAGCACCUCCGCAUUUGAACCCUAGGCGACGAUUGCGCCUGCUCCUGCGACACUUUCCUACAAACUGUCCUUCCGAUCACGAUAGCAUUCUCGCCUGCUCCCAGCCCUUAUCGCGCAUUAGAGCCUCAAGAGAUAGGACCACUUAUAGCCGCACACGGACCUCGCGGCUACGUUUCAUCAACGUCAUCGCGAUCUUCGAGCAACGCUACACCUAGAGCUUUUCACAGGACCCAUACUAAACAUGAACAGCACCAGACACAGACUGCUUUACCAGCUGAACAGUCGCUGGAUUUACGGGAAGAUUCCACUGCUGCACUCAAUAGUAUUUCUUCUACAGAUGGCUGCAGUCAGUUUGCUCACGCGCAAGUACAACCAGUACUAUGCGGCGCGCCCAGUUUUGACCACGAUGAUCACCAACGCCGUGUUGGGUGGUAUCGCGGACACAGUAGCUCAGACACUGACUGCAGUGCGAGAGCGCGCAGUGCGCAAGAAGGGUGGACCGGGCAAAGAUGACUUUUUGGCUAUUGAGAUUCACGAGCUUGACAGACGGAACCCGUUCAACGACAACGAUCUUAUCCCCGAUUCGAAGCUGCUACCACCGCCUUUCGACUUCGAGCGAACCACCAGAUUCAUGUCCUACGGUUUCCUCAUGUCGCCGAUCCAGCACAGGUGGUUUGGCUUCUUGUCCAGGACUUUCCCCGUGUCAAAGGGUGCGGCUUGGUUGCCUGCAUUGAAGCGCGUAGCUUUCGAUCAAUUUUUGUUUGCUCCAGCUGGUCUGGCUGCCUUCUUCACCUUCAUGACAGUUGCCGAGGGUGGUGGCAAGCGUGCGGUGCAGCGCAAGUUCCAAGAUGUCUAUGUGCCUGCGCUUCAAGCCAACUACAUGGUCUGGCCGGCUGUACAGCUGAUCAAUUUCCGUAUCAUGCCUAUUCAGUUCCAGAUUCCGUUCGUGUCUACCGUCGGUAUCGCUUGGACAGCUUACCUUUCCCUGACCAAUUCGGCUGAUGACGCCGCUUAAGGCUAUCCGAUUAUGCGAACAAACUCCCAUGUAUAAAUAUCAUACGCACACACACAGGGCUAGGUUAGGUCAUGAUUGCAUCGGGUGAUUCCCCUUGAGUUUCUCGCGCGUUAGCAUGUUUGGUUGGGCAUUUGCACGGCGUCAGGGUAGUUGACUUUUGCUACGGGUCAAUGUCAUUUAUGUACAGCCUCGAAUUUGAUCAGAACGAAGAGCUAUCUUUAUACG